ACUAAAGCCUUAAGCUGUCCAUUAAAUAAAAAAAAAAAAAUUCAAACAAACUCAGCUUAAUUAAGCAUGGCCUGUUUCGAUCCUAACAACCCAACUUUCCCCUCUGGCUGCUACCUCGCCAAUACCACCGACGAAAUGACUUUUUGGGAGCCUAACUGGAACACCACCACUGAGAUUGAUUUUAACUCGUACAAUUACUAUGUGGAGAAGGAGAAUGGGCUGCUUCUGCGUUUGACAGAUGGUGUCUUACGUGACAUUGUUCGAUCGCCAGAAAGUCCAUGGGAAGAGAGACUGGCCACCAUGGUCAUGGUUUCCCCAUCAGGUAUCAAAAAACCUAUCCAUUUACCAAAUUUGUUUGACAUAGUAGGUAGAGUUAACCUGGAUGAAGUGUUUUUAAAAUUGCAUGGUUUUAACUUCGAGUACAAAGGUGUUUCAAAAAUAAUCCCAAACUUCUUAAGUGAAAUUGUUGACCCUGUGCCAGUCCUUGAUUUUAAUGGCCCUGUUUAUUGUCUUCGUGAUAAAAAACUGAAAGUUGAACUAGGUUGUUACACUGAUGGGCUUGCAAUUUUUUACCUCUUCAACCCUUUCACAACACUAGACUUAUCUGUCGCAACAGGCAGGGCUGAGUGUGUUUAUGAUCGAUACGCUCAGGUCCAACUAAUGCCUGAAGUGACUGAAGGAGAGGUUAAUUUUGAAUUAGGUAGCACAUUUGUAGUGUGGAAUGCUCGUGGUGUCACAAGGCCUUAUUUUGAAAAUAACUUUGCUAGGCUAUUGUCUAUCCACAACCCUGUUGUUGUCAUUGUUACUGAGGUCCGAGUGACCGAAAAAAACUUCAAUAAUUUAAUGACUGAGUUAGGAGAUCCUUUAGAGUGGUCCAUGGAUGAGAGUGUAAGUCUCAUGGGUGGCUCCAUUGUGAUGUGGGAUGAAAAGCGUUCGUUUGACAAGGAGAUUAUGUUAUCAACAACCCCUACAUGUCCACUCCGUGUCAUGGCAUCUAUUAAGGCUGGUCAGGAUCCAAAGGGAGGGAAUGCUAAGGGAGAGGAUGAGGCUUCUAAGGUAGAGGAAGCUUAAAGGCUAGAUGUAUGCGAAGGAGUUAUCAGUCUGCGGUGGAUGGAGGACUGUGAUGUGUGGCAAUGAAUGGCUAGUGACUUGUACUAAAUCUAUGCAGUUUGUCCUAUAACUACUUAUCUUAUUUGUGUUUUUAGUGUAUGAGACUAUUAAGUAAUGUGUUAUGUAUAAUUAAUUCCGUUGUCGGUAACUCGGUAUGCAGAGUUCCUUGAACUCUUUUAUAUUA